AUGGGAACGGAAAUCUCUGAAGACGAUAUUUUAAAUAUUCGACAUUUAUGCAAUCAAAUUAUUGAAAUUUCUCAAUAUAGAACACAACUAUAUGAUUAUCUUAAAGCAAGAAUGAUGGCAAUGGCACCAAAUUUAACUAUUCUUGUCGGAGAAGUGAAGUUGAAACACUUUGAAAAGUUUGCAGACACUAUUGAGGCUCUUGUAGCUACAACUGCAGCGGUAGAGGGUAAACUUUGUAAAGCAUUGAAGAAAAUUCUUAAAAAACAUUGUAAUGAACUUCAAGAACAACUAGCUGUGGCCGACGCUAAGCUAGGUAAUGCUAUAAAGGAUAUACUGAGUUUGUCUUGUGUCAGUAAUACUGCUAUACAAGAAUUAAUGAGAUGUAUAAGAAGCCAGAUGGAUAGUUUAUUGUCAGCUUUACAUAAAAAAGAAAUAACGGCAAUGGCAUUAGGUUUAGCACAUAGCCUUUCUAGAUACAAAUUGAAAUUUUCACCCGAUAAAGUUGAUACAAUGAUAAUACAAGCUGUUUGUUUGUUAGAUGAUUUCGACAAGGAAUUAAAUUAAAAAACAGUAAAAGUAAUUGGAACUAGAGAGAAUACUAUAAAUUCAGAUUUACCUGAUAUAUUAUCAGAAGAUGUAGAGGAAAAAGUAAAGGAGGCUGCAGAGAUAUCCAUGGGAACGAAAAUCUCUGAGGACGAUAUUUUGAAUAUUCGACAUUUAUGCGAUCAAAUUAUUGAAAUUUCUCAAUAUAGAACACAACUAUAUGAUUGUCUUAAAGCAAGAAUGAUGGCAAUGGCACCAAAUUUAACUAUUCUUGUCGGAAAGUUAGUGGGAGCUCGUUUAAUCUCACAUGCUGGGUUUUUAAUUAAUCUUGCUAAGCAUCCAGCAUCUGCUGUGCAAAUACUUGGUGCUGAAAAAGCUCUCUUUAGAGCAUUAAAAUCAAAAAAAGAUACUCCGAAAUAUGGUUUAAUUUAUCACGCACAACUUGUUGGGCAAUCUUCAACAAAAAAUAAGGGAAAGAUGUCCAGAAUGUUAGCUGCUAAAGCUUCAUUAACAACUAGAGUAGAUGCAUUAGGAGAAGAUGGCAGCUUUAAUCUUGGUGCUGAAGCUAAAUAAAAUUAAAUAAAUGCUAAUAAAGCUAAAAUGGAAGCACAUUUAAGGACUUUAGAAGAAGGGAAUUUUCAUAGAAUUAGUGGCACAGGGAAAAGCAAAAGCAUUUAUAUAAUGUUACAUAAAAGUGAAUAUAUUCACUAUUCUGUUUAUGAGGAUAUAACUCUUUGACAUGGAAAAAGAAUACAUUCUGAAAUUGAAGAUAAAACGCUGAUCGAAGAAAUUAUAAAGUCAGAUGAAGAAAUGCCUAAGAAAAAGAAAAAGAAUGAAGUUAAUGACAGUGUAGAUGAAUCAGUAACUCAGGAAGUAGCUCAGUCAGAAGAAGUUCUGACGAAUCAGGGGAGUAAAUAAAGAAGAAAAAGAAGAAAAAGAAGAAAAAAGAUAAGGAUCAGGAGAUUGAAGAGACUACAUUCACAAAUGAAGAAACAAGUGAAAAAGUUAUGAGAGAAAAAAGGAAAAAAAAGAAAAAGAAAUCUCAAGAUGAAUGAAAUUUUUCCAACAUAUGCAAUUUAAAAAAGUAAUUUUUUACAAAUAUGACUGUUCAUUAUCGAUUGUAAACUUAUAUAUAAUUAAAAAAUUAAUUUUCUUUAAAUAUA